GGUGCGGAACCCAUCCGGCUUAUGCUCCUGUCUACCGCAACAUUCAAAGGAAGCUGUUGACAGGAGCUGAAACAAUCAAUUAAUAUCAGCAUUGUUGCAAGUGUAUUGGCUGUCCGGACUCGGAGCCUGACGGAAGGGAUACUGCUCGUAAGCUCGCGAGCGACACUAGUCAGUCCGAGUGCGCCGCGAUGGCCGCCGGACGCUGCGCACAGCUGGCCGCCAGCCUGUCGGGUUUGUCGCGUCUCUCGCACCAGGCGGUGUGCCGGACGGUCGCCGGCCCGCGGCUGGACUCGCAGCCGCUGCUGCGGCGGCUCGGCGCCUCCCUCCUGAAGACGUCCACUGUGGCGCUGUACUCAACGGGCAAGGGCGGCAGCGAGGGCAGCAAGCUGACCGGCUUCACCUCCACGCCGGCCGGCUCCGGACUGGCCGAUGAGAUCCUUAGCGCCAAGGUGAAGGCGGAGGAGAGCCAGGGGAAGACGGGCGGCGACGGAAAGCAGUCUGAUGGCGGCCAGAAGAGCGAGGACGAGCGCGCCGAGGAGGAGAAGAGGAAGGAGGCGUCGUGGAGGGCCAUGAAGUACACCUUCGCCUUCUUCGGCGUAACCUUGGCAGGCUUCAGCGGCUGGACGAUAGCAGUGUUUGGGGCGCCCAUCAAGGACCCUGAGGGCAACGUCAUGUAUGACGAGUUCUCGGACAUGUCAUUCGUAACGCAGUACCUGAGCAGGACGUGGAAGGAGCUCAAGCUUUACAACAAGAUGAUCAAGGACCCGUCGCGGGCCCAGCUGCUGCCCGACCCGCUGCAGUACCCGUACAUGCAGCCGCCCUACACGCUCGUGCUGGAGAUGACCGGCGUGCUGGUCCACCCCGACUGGACGUACAAGACGGGCUGGCGCUUCAAGAAGCGGCCCGGCAUCGACUUCUUCCUGCAGCAGGUCGGCCCGCCGCUCUUCGAGGUCGUCGUCUACACGGCCGAGCAGGGAUUUACUGCGUCGCCGAUAGUGGACGCGCUGGACCCGCAGGGGUACGUCAUGUACCGGCUCUUCAAGGACUCGACCCGCUACGUCAACAGCCACCACGUCAAGGAUCUGAACUGUCUGAACAGGGACCUCAGCAAGGUGAUCAUGGUGGACUGGAACGACAAGUCGGUACAGCUGAACCCGCGGAACCACCUCAGGGUGAAGAAGUGGGCGGGCAAUGACGACGACCGCAGUCUGGUGGACCUGGCCAUGCUGCUCAAAGCCGUGGCCACGUCCGGCGUCGGGGACGUGCGGGAGGUGAUGGACUUCUACCGUCAGUACGACGACCCGCUGCAGGCCUUCCGCGAGAAUCAGCGGCGGCUGCAGGAGCAGGAGGAGGCGAUGCAGCGGCACAGGGCCGAAGAGGAGAGCAAGGGUGCCCUCGUCAAGAAGAGCUGGACUUUCAGUCUUCUGCGGCGCUAGCGACAGCCGGCGUCACGCUCCUGUUCAGCGCUUGUCGCCACCGUCGGCGGGCGACGCCGUGAUCGGCAUAGGUGGCGCUAGGAUCGGCGCAGAUGGCGUCAGGAUCGGCGCGGGUGGCGCUAGGCUCGGCGCAGGUGGCGCCACGGUCGGCGUGACAAUAGUGAAGCGGUGCGGCAGACCCUUCGCGGGAUGGAUGGACCCGGACCGAUCGACCGGCCGGACCGCGUGAUUAGCCCGGCCGGUGAGGCGCCGCGGUGUCUCCACGUGUGCGGCGCCUGACGGCCAGCCAGACUGCCCUGUGCUCUUUAUGCUCACUGGAAAUACACGGCGGGACGGCGCG